AAUGAAAUUCUUUGUGUACAAGUAUGGCCUCCACGAAAUGGUGCAGUGCACAUUUUUCGAAUGAUGUACACUGAUGACUUAGGUCAGUUUUAAUUACUUAACUAGAACUGCUUUGAAUUGCACACUUUGAUAAUGAAGAGCUGAGUACAAGUUCAGACAGCAAAGCAAGAAACUGGAGUGUCUGGAUUAAAAUGUCUCGCGCUGUAAUCCCACCAAUGUCGCUAUCAAUGGAAGGCCCAUCAUCGCAGCAGAGUCUCGAUGUUCUUGAGAAACGUUUGGAAGCUGCAGAAUAUGACACACAGGAUUUAAUAGAGAAAUUAGGGACAAUGGGAUUUGGCAAAAAUACUCGCCCUGCAGAGAAAGAUGUAAUAGACCACAGAGAAGUCAUUUCUCCAUACCAAGCCAAAAUUGUUGAUGUGGAUAUAUUAAAAGAUAAUUAUGAAACUCUUGUGUCAAGAGUUUGUAAAACAGAAAGUGUUAUUCAAACAUUGAAACUGAAUAUGAUAAAUUUACAAGGUGACAGGGAUUUGAAAGUGAAAAAUUCAGAUGAUUAUGAACAGAAGUAUGACAUGCUGAAAGAGACUUAUGAGCAAGAACUUGGAAAAUUAAGAAGAAAACUUGAUCAGGUGACAGAAGAUUUAAAAACAGAGCAUGAAGCUAGACUGAAAUCAAAAGAAGAAGUAAAGUUUCUUAAAACAGAGCUAGAAAAUGCAGCAGCAACAAAAGAGUCCAUUAGUGCAGCAUCAGAUGAAUUGUCUUCACAAAAAUCUAAAUUUCAAAAGCGCAUAAAUGAAAUUCGUGAAGAACUUGAACGUGAAAAAAGUCUACGACAUAGUUUAGAGGAAUCUCAUAACACAUUAUUGGCCAGGAUAAGAGAAAUGGAAUCAAUUGUUGAGUCAGAAAGAAAAGAGGUGAAGACUUUAUCAAAUGACUGUACCAACUUAAGGAAUGAUGCAGUAAAAGUGAGGGAGGAACUGAGACAGGAAAAAUCAGAGAGGGAAAUGUACGAGUCACAGUUCAAACAGACCAAUCAGGAACACGAACACCUCAAGAAGAAUUAUGAGUCUGCCGAAGCGGACAGGAAAUUGUUGCUAUCGGAGAUGCAACGACUGCGUAGUCAGUAUGAAGAUCUGAUCAAGCAGCUCGAGCAGACGCAGGUCAUUGUGGAUCAGCAGAAGUCCAAUAACACCAAGCUAGAACAAGAAAAUGAACACCUAAACAAAAUCGUCAAUUCUGCUUCUGAGGAGAAGGAGAGAAUGAAAUCCAUGCAUGAAAGAGAGCUGGAGUUGAUGUGUGCCUUUGACAUAGUGCAGGCGGAGAAAAAGAGAGUGAACGAGAAGCAGAAGUUUGAAGAAGAAGCUCUGCAGAGUAAGCUCAGGGUACAAGACCUUUCAUCACAGAAUGAGACGCUGAAGAAAAAACUAGCGCACGCUGAGAAAGAGCUACAGAGCUUGAACAAGAAGUAUGUAGUGAAAGACGAGGAGUACAACAAGGCAUCAGAGGGUCUGGAGAAGGAGCUCAGCUCCCUCAAACACAAAUACACCAUAGUCAACAAGGAGAAGCUCAAACUCAGCAAAGACAAAGAGAACCUGCUGGAGGAGGUCAGUCAAACUGUGGACUCGAUGCAAGUGGAGCACAGCAAGCUCACAACUGAAAUACAUCAACUGAAGUCCGAGCUGGAGUCGCAGACAAAGCGAAGGAAUGCCUUGGAGCAGGAAAAUGCCACACUACUGGAGAGGGUGUCUCAAUUCGACCAACAAAGGGACUCCCAGUCUCACGUUGAGAAGGUGAUGAAGGACAUGAUGGAGCAGAAGAACAAACUGGCGUAUGACAAUGGUCGUCUGCAGAUGGAGGUUCAGGAACUGCGGGGGCAGGUUGAUAUCCUGAAGUCAUCCAGCACUGAUGCUGAGCAACUCCGAGCCAAAAGCACCAGUUUACAGUCUCGAUAUGACGUGGCUCAAAAGGAAAUAAGUGACCUGAAGAUCAAUGUACAGCGAUUAGAAAAUCAGCUUCGCACCUCUCAGGGAUCCAUGGAAACUCGGGAAAAGGAUUACACAUUCGCUGUACUGACUCGUGAUGAGUUGCUGAGGGAAAAGACACUGCUGAUGGAGAAACUCAAAGACAUGGAGGAGAGAGAAAAGAGAAAGGUGACCACUCUUCAGAAGAACUUGGACGAUGCCAAAACGGUCAACAAGGAGAUUGCGUCCACUCUGGAGGCGGUCAUGUCCUCCCACUCUCAGCUGCAGUCGGUUGUUGAAGGACUCCAAGUAGAUCUUGGGAAGAAAGACUCACAGAUGGCUCUUCUCAAGUCUGAAAAACAAACAAGAGUUUCCCUGCAAAGUAUACAGGCCACAGAUCGAAAAAAUAAGGAACAGGGGGAGUGGAAGCAGGAAAUGAGGAAGUUUGAGGAGCGAAUGGAGACACUCCGAGGGGAUCUGAAGAAGGAAAGGGAAAAAUCACAGAAAAAAAAUAUCAAGGAUAUAUCGGAGAUAAAGAAACAAAAUGAUAACCUACAGACACGGAACAUGGAGCUUGUGAAAGCCAACACAGACCUACGCCACAAGCAGGGGGACUCGGAGAAUAUGAUACAGAACUUGAAAGAUAAAGUGUCAGAGCAGAAGAAAAGGAUUGAAUACCUGAACAGGUCUAAGAAAGAAAUGGAAGAAAACUCUGAGAGAAUGAAGGUAAUGCGGGAGGAGAUGGAGGAACUGGAGAAGCUUCGAGAUGAAUAUAUACACAGAAAUGCUGAGCAAGGGGAGAUGAUCACCUCAUUCAUGACACAGAUUGGCUCACUCCAAGAGGAACUUAGACAACUUGCUCAAGCUCAGCUCAGAACAAAUGAUCUUGUCAAACAGAGAGAUGAAGCUCUAGAGAAAGAGAGGAUGCUCAAAGACGAACUCAGGAAAAAGCACAAGAAAUCAUCAGAAACAGACAAUGGACAACAUAAACACAAAUAUAAGGACUCCAGACGCCACCAAGAUGAAGUAGAGAAAAUGAGAAGAGAGACAGAGGAGCGACUUCGCCGAGCUCAGGAUGAGUCUAUGGAGGUAUCUGGACACUUACAAGAUGCACAUGAAUGGUUCAAAACAAGAUUUGACCAACUUCAGCAAGAGAUACUGGAAUCAAGGAAGACACAGAACGUGUUGGAGAGCGAGAAUCAUGAACACAAGAAGCAGCUGGAAGUGGAGAGGUGGAAAUCCCAUGCAGCUGCCGAGAAGGCAAGAGACAUGAUCAAGGGAAUUCCGAAUGAAAAGAAACGAAAAAAUGGGACAAGCAGACAGACAAUUAGUCAGCUAGCUAAUUAUGCAGAUAUUGCUGACACAGACACAAAACACCAACUCCUGAAGCUUCAAGCAGAACUUGAACAGGAAAAGGACCAUGCCAAGUACCUGGAAUCGAAACACCAAAAAUACAAGGAAGCUAGUGCGAGGCAGUUGGAGCAACUGUUAAAAGAAUUCCAUCACUAGUGAACUAAUUUACUCACAAACUCCUGAAAAACUUCAUUUGAGGAUGUUUAGAAGAUCCAGGUGGUUUGAGACAGUUAAAUUGGUCAUUAUUUACCAGUAAAAUUCUUAUUCAUCAACAGCGAUAUGGGUUCUUCUGACUUUGCUAAGGAUUGAUUGAUCAACUUCCAGAACCCAAUGAAGAGUUCUUCCCCUUACAUUUCUUCCUGUGUGACUGUCAUACUGCCAGGUGUCGCUUUUCUAGUCUAUAGCAUUCCUCUCUCUGUAGGGUGUCAAUCUUCAGGGAAUAUUCUGUGUACAUAUCAGUACAAUGUGAUGGAUGACAAUUAUAUUGUGUGCUGGUUUAUGUCUGUGAUAUUUUAUGUGCAGCAAUAUUUUUACAUAUUUUUUGUACAUUAUCAACAUUAUCAAUUUAUGUGCAUAUGUAUUCAUUUUAUUUACCAGUACAUAGACUUGAUCUGAUAAUUAUUGAUGGUUAAUCUGUGAAUGAAAUAUAAAAUUGAAAUGAAGAUGCAUUUUACGAUGAUGCAGUAUUUACAAUGUAUGUUUGUAAGUAACAGAAUAAUGUGUACUGUACUCUAUAUAUACAAUGUAGAUAUUGCUCUUUCCCGAUAAAAACCUUCAAAGCCAGGAAAUCUGAUGUGCAACAUAAAUAUAUGUACUUGUUUUCGAAUUCUUGCAGCAAAUCUUUAGUACAUACUGUAGAUUGGGAAAUAAACAUGAUGUUUUUAAUUUCACUAUGCUCAUGAUUUACAUGUAUCAUAUUUUUGCUAAAUUAACUCCAUAGUACAUGUUUCAAUGCUCUCAUAAUGGAAACUUCAAAGGUAUAUUUUCUUAUAACAUGAAAUUAAAACCAUCCCAGUUGAAUGUACCGUUGUAAUAAAUCGUGAAAUUCCAGCACUGGAAUUAAAACAACUUGCAGUAAGCAUGUAGUUCAGCAUAUCAGUACUGUACCAGCUACACAUCCCGAGAUUUGAGUAAAAUACACAUGUACAGCAUAUCAGUACUGUACCAGCUACACGUCCCGAGAUUUGAGUAAAUAUACACAUGUACAGACUGUACAACAUGGUUGGAAGAAAGAUCCAUUUAAACAUUGAUUUUGCAUUUUUGGUGAUGUAAAUAGUUUUAUCAUUACCAAAUAAAUUAUACUUGUAAAAUA